AUGACCCUAUGGCGAGAAUAUCAAGGCUCGGCUAGGACUGAGUUGGGCACACAUCUUGUCGCCAACAGCAAUGAGGGCUUUAGACGAAAGAAUAUUCGGAUUUCGCUAGUUGUUACUGUAACGGAUAUGAGGACUUGUGCCGGCAAGACUCCCGACCAUGAUUGCAUGCUGAAGCAGUGGGAGGGCCGGGUUCUGACUUAUCGUCAGCCGAAGCCCAGGCAUCUUCUAGACUGGAAUAAGAAUGACCGAUUUGUUCCGGCAGUGCGCUCGGUGCUCGAGUAUCCCCGCCGAAACCCAGAACUCAAAUGGAUCGAUCGCAUGCGAUGGGUAAGUACGGAAUUUUUUCUUAUGGCGAAAGAGACCAGACCUGAGGGAAAAGUCGGGGAGGAGCAAAUUCCUUUCUCCCUUUUAUGCAUAGCAUUUACCCAGAGUGGCACAACGGCCCAACUAGGGAACAAUAGUGAAAAUGAAGAAGGGGGGCUUCCUGGCCACUCUUCCUUAGCCGCUCGUGUACCGCAAGCACAACCGCUGAAGUCUCAGCACAUCCGGUACAGCCCGCAGGCGAUUAUUGAUCAUAUGGGCCCGGCUGAGGACAACUCCCAAGUUUGUCCUCGCCUGUAA